AUGUCUCUCCGGGCACUUGUCAACCCUUUUCACGCGUACUGUUUCGGGACGAGCUUCUGGUACCUGCUACGUGGUACGGUCAGAGCAAUCGAUCCCGCGACAGUCUGUGGGUGGUUCAGGCCGCCGGCACAAGGAGGUAUUGAUCCCAAUGACCUGGAACUCUACACCACUCGUGUAGAUGCCUGGGGCCUCCUCGCUCUCUCGGCGAUAUUGCUCGUCAUCUCAGAUGCCGUUCCCUUGCCGAAAUCCAUGACCGGUUCGUCGUUGACGGACUCGUCGGUUUCGAUUACAGCCAAGAAGCCUUAUGCGAAAGCUGUCAUUGUUAUUACCAUGUUGCAUCAUUUCGCCACGGGCUGUGGGUCGUAUCAGCAUUGGAAACUUCCUACGCAUCGGACUGUUGCGAUGGAUAUUGGGGUUUGGGGAAAUGUGGGGUUGUUUGCGUUGGGGAUUGCGGCUCUUGCUUAUAUUGGGAAGGAAAGGGAAGUGCCAGAGGUCGUGGGAGGGAGGAAGAAGAGGGCUUGA